AUGGUCCACUGCCUGUACCUCCCAAGCUGCGCCAACAGCAGUCCCCCGCCAGUAACCUACCACGACGAUGUAACCGUCGUCCGUGAUCUUGUGACUACUCUCGUCAACAAAGGCGAGCGCAUUUUAAUGAUCUUCUACUCCUACGGCGGCGCCGGACUGGAUCUGCCUUCGCGCGUAGUCAGUAAUUUCCCCGGGGGUAUUAUUUACCUGCUGUACAUGAGUGUGUAUAUCCAGCAACUGGGCCGCUCUAUAUGGGACGAUAAUGGCUCCACCUUCCACGUGGACUCUGUUCAGCUGUUCCUAGGCGACUGUGAUGAGGCCCGGGUCGCUACUGUAUUAUCGCAUCAGGUGCGCAGCCUGCUUAGUGUGUUUGAGACCCCCAGCUCCGGAGACUCGUGGCGGCGGUUGCCGGUUAUGUACGAUACCAUGACCAAAGACUAUUCGGUGUCUCGGGUCUAUCAGGAUAUCAUGCUCAAGUAUGUGAAGGAGGGAGGGUGGAGUGUAGUCAUUUUGCGACAAGAGGUGAUGUUGGUGUUGGUGGAGAAGGUGGUGCUUGAUGCAAGGAAUCCUUGA